ACGGUGCGCACAAGCAGCAGCUGCCUUAGGGUCUCUUCCCCUCGUUUUCAUUUGAAGAAAGAACCCAAAGCUAGGGCAAAGCUAAAGGUGAGAGAGGAAAGCUCCCAAUGUUCAAGCCAUUUAGCCAGUGCUCCAAACGUCACUGACCGGUGGAGAAGAAGAGCUGACCGGAGCUGCCACGUGGAUAGGAGGAUCGACGGUCAGAGUAAAGCAAGGAAGCAGAUAAACGGAAGAGAAGAAUAAAGCGUCACAAGCACCAUUCUUCGAUUCUAGAUUUCACUGAGUUGCGAGGGUGACAGGCCGUGAUUUUCGGUGAUUUCUGGUGAACUUAGUUGACCAGAGCUUGACAACUGGCAGAAAAUUGUUUCGAAGUCUCUGUCUGGUGCGAUGGUUUACAUAACUGAGUGGGACAAAUUUGUGGAACAAUCCAUUCAGUUGUUCCGUGCUGAUCCUGAUUCUACACGGUAUGUCAUGAAGUACAGGCACUGUGAUGGCAAGUUGGUACUUAAGGUCACUGAUAACCGGCAGUGUCUAAAGUACAAGACAGACCAAGCACAAGAGGCUAAGAAGAUGGAAAAACUGAACAAUAUGUUCUUUGCUUUGAUGGCCCGUGGUCCUGAUGUUGAUCUAUCAGAAGUCACUGGAAAAGAGCAAAUGGAUGCUCAACCAAGCAAGAAAGGAAGAGGAAGGAAGCAAUAACUUGCUCUUUGCGAGACAUGAUGGUUUUGAGUCAGAGGACUUUCUAAGAAUUUGAACAGUUAUACUUUUCCCGAUCUAAUUAUUACUUCUUCAGAUUCUAUGAUGAAAGUGGUUGUAUAUUGAAGUUUUGAAGUCUGAAUUUCUGAUCUUUUGGAAGUCUUGAGUAUUACAGAAUUUAGUUAUGCCACCAAGAUUUACUGUGCAUCGUUACCGUUAUUGAAUCCUUUUAUAUCCAA